AUGGCGAAACUGAGACAGUCGCGAUUUCAAGCGAAGAAAUGGUCGACAUUGAUGCUCGUUCUGUUUAUGCUGUUCAUGUUAACGAUUGUUCUGUUGAUGCUUUUGGCCUUUGGGGUUUUCUCUCUUCCAAUCAACAACUACGAUGACUCUUCUUCUCCGAUCGAUCUCUCUUAUUUCCGACGAGCUGCAACUGAGAGAAGUGAAGGACUUGGGAAGAGAGGAGAUCAGUGGACUGAAGUGCUUUCUUGGGAACCCAGAGCUUUCGUCUACCACAAUUUCUUGUCGAAGGAAGAGUGUGAAUAUUUAAUCAAUCUUGCCAAACCACAUAUGGUGAAGUCAACUGUUGUAGAUAGCCUAACCGGCAAGAGUAAAGAUAGCAGGGUGAGAACAAGCUCAGGGACUUUCCUUAGGAGAGGAAGAGACAAAAUCAUUAAGAUGAUUGAGAAAAGAAUUGCAGAUUACACCUUUAUUCCAGCAAAUCAUGGAGAAGGACUACAAGUGCUUCACUACGAAGCAGGGCAAAAGUAUGAGCCACACUAUGAUUACUUUGUUGACGAGUUCAACACUAAGAAUGGAGGCCAACGGAUGGCUACAAUGCUUAUGUAUCUGUCUGAUGUUGAAGAAGGCGGUGAAACGGUGUUUCCUGCUGCCAAUAUGAAUUUUAGCUCUGUGCCAUGGUAUAAUGAGCUCUCUGAGUGUGCUAAAAAGGGACUUUCCGUAAAGCCGAGAAUGGGGGAUGCACUGCUCUUUUGGAGCAUGAGGCCUGAUGCUACACUAGAUCCUACAAGCUUGCAUGGUGGAUGCCCUGUGAUUAGUGGGAACAAGUGGUCAUCUACCAAAUGGAUGCAUGUCGGCGAGUACAAAGCCUAG